CAACCUCUAACAAAACAAAACAAAAAAAUACUGCCACCUUUUGAUUCCGUACACAGCUCCUGUGAUGCGCGUGUCCUUCUUCGCUGAGCGGUGCUGCUGCUCUUCCAUCAUCUUCACGCCAAACGCGCAGCUCAGUGACAGGCUGCGCGUCAUGUGACUGCGCCUCACUGUGUCCAACAGAGACAAACGGUGAACGCGAGAGCACGAGCCAGAAACAGCCAGAGGGGAAACAAGAGAGAAGACACGUUUAAUUCCACCACUAUGGCCCUGCGGGACGAACUUCUGAAGUCCAUAUGGCACGCGUUUACAGCGCUGGAUGUGGACAAGAGCGGGAAAGUCUCCAAAUCACAGCUCAAGGUGCUGUCCCACAACUUGUGCACAGUGAUGAAGAUCCCACAUGACCCUGUGGCGCUGGAGGAGCACUUCAAAGAUGACGACGAGGGUCCCGUCUCCAACCAGGGAUACAUGCCAUACCUGAACAAGUUCAUCCUGGAUAAGGUGACGGACAACUUCGACCUUCAGGACUUCAAUAAAAUGUGCUGGACUUUGUGCUUCAAAAAAAACUUGGGGCAGAAUCACCUGUUCAUCUCCAACGACGACGCCUUCAAGGUCUGGUGCAUCUUCAACUUCCUGUCUGAGGACAGAUACCCGCUGGUUAUCGUCACUGAGGAGAUUGAGUACUUCCUGCGUAAACUGACGGAGGCGAUGGGGGGCAGCUGGGUGGAGGAGCGUUUUGAGGACUACAAGCUGCAGCUGAAUGCCAGGCAGCAGUCUCUGAGCGCGUGGGAGCUCAUCAGUCUGGUGGGGUCGGGUCACUUCACUAAGGGCAUGGAACGCCAGACGCUCUCCAUGGGCAUCAAUGAGGUUUAUCAGGAGCUCAUCCUGGACGUGCUCAAACAGGGCUACAUGAUGAAGAAAGGUCACAGGAGGAAGAACUGGACAGAGCGCUGGUUCAUGCUGAAGCUACAGUCCAUCUCCUAUUACGUCGGCGAGGACCUGGCCGAAAAGAAAGGAGACAUCCUGCUGGACGGAAACUGCACGGUGGAGUCUUUACAAGAUAAGGAGGGAAAGAAGUGUCUUUUCCUCAUGAAGUCGUCACACAAAAGCUUUGAAAUCAGCGCGUCAGACAAGAAGAAGAAGCAGGAGUGGAUCCAAGCCAUCCAGACCUGUGUGAGUCUGCUGCGUCAGGGCCGGCCAGCGCCGCACCGUGAGUCUCGGCAGAAGCGACGGGAGCUGCGACUGAAGCAGCAGGCUGAACAAGAGGAGCUGGAGCUGAGGAUGAGGGAGCUGCAGAUAGCCAACGAGGCCAAACAGCUGGAGCUGGAGAACAUGAGGAAGGCUCUGGAUGAGGCGGCAGCUAACGCAGCAGAAGAAGAACAAAGGCGUCUUCAAACCCAUACUGAACUCCAGGACCGCUACAGGAUGGACCUGGAGAGAGAGAAAAUGGUACGGCAGCAGAUGGAGCAGCAGGUGGCCCAGAAGUCCACUGAGCUGGAGCAGUACCUGCAGCGGGUCCGUGAACUAGAGGACAUGUACAGUCAGCUGGAGGAUGCUCUGGAGGACGAGAGGCACGCCAGACAGGACGAGGAGGCCGUCCGAAGGUUGCAGGCACGAUUACUGGAGGAGGAGGCUGCAAAGAGGGCAGAGCUGGAGCAGACCCACCUGCGGCAGCAGCGGGCAAUCUCAGAGACAGAGGCUGAGAAACAGGAGCUGGAGAAGGAACGUCUGGCUAAAGAGAGUGCCUUGCAGGCUGCAAUGGCACAGCUGGAACAACUGGAGCAAGAGAGGCUUGGAGCCCUGGAGCAGUACCAGACAGUGAUGAAGAAGCUGGAAGACGCAACAAACAACACAAAGACCUGGAAGCACAAGGUGGCUGAACAUGAGGGACUGUUACGGCUCAUUCAGCCAGGUGCCAAGGGGCAGCAGCUGAUCACCAACUGGGGCAUAGCAGCGUUUUCUGAAGCAGAGCUCAGCCUAAGGGAGAAGGAAUGGCAGAAGAUGAAGAACCAGGCGACUCAGGCUCAGUAGAGCCACUAAGCCCGAGCGCAUCGCAGCUGAACCAUCGCCACCGGUCGACUGGCAGGAGAAUUCAACUGAGGUCUCAAGUCGAGAGACGGAGCUACAUCUUAACUUUUUAAGCUGUAAAGAAACAUGAGAGAAGUGAAACUAAUAUCAUAAACACAGUUAAUGCAGUGCUACUUGGACAGCUUACGUUCAGAAGAGUUAAGUAUAUAACUUGUGUAUAAUGUGUGUACAGCCAUGCUGAAAACCGAUCAUGGGAACAGUCCUCUUUUUUUAAGGACUAAAAAAUCCUGAGAAAAGUGCUUACUCUUCUUACAAUGAGCGAUUAGAAAAAAAUGCUAAUGUAUAGAGUGACUGAUGCUAGUGGAACAGAGGCUAACCAGAUGUGAUGACACGACUUCAGCUCUCUAUAUUAACACUUUUAAGAACCACCACCAAUGCAUUAUAUUAGUCAUUAGAGGGCCAUGGCUCAAAACUGUGCGAGCUGAGCUAAUGACACACCAGUGUACAAGAAUGCAUUCAACAGCUGAAUGAAUUUUAAAAGAAGUCAACAUAUUUCAGAUCAUCUGGGCCUCGGUAGGCCUGCAGCCUGUUAGGUACUGAGGCUACCAGGCUUUUGUACAUGAGAUGUUAGUACUUCACAGGCAGUAUUAACAGCCCACAGCUGACCAUGGUUAAAAUCUUACCAAGCUAACAACAUAACUUACCAAUAUCAAAUGUGAUGAUCCUUAAAGUGAAACAGUAUGUCCACCACUACCUUUCAUCAUUUUCUGUCUUUCUAUUGAAUGCACUACUGUCGACCACAGUCUGACAUGUCCUACACAAAUUGCUUGCAUCUGUUUUGAGGUUCAGACUUCAGAGCUGCUGAACUGCAUCCAUCCCGAUGCAAGGUCCUUGAUAAAGCAUAAGCUACUGAAAGUGCUACAACUGGUUCCUGUGACUACUUUCCUUACUCAAUGGGACCAUUUUACAUGAAAGAAGGGAUUUUUGUAAAUAUAUUAACAAUGGCUUUCUGGUUAACAAUUAGUUUUCCUUACUAGACCUAGCUGAAGGCAGCAUUGAAAGAAAAAUUAGCCAAGUGAAUCCUCUCCCAUUUGUCUGCUUAUGUGCCAGAAAUAGGGCUCCAGGCAUGAACGCUAACUGUAGAACAUUUGCACUGCUGUUGCACUAACCAUCAGUGCCUUUGAAUCUGCCAUUAGUGAACAUUGUGAUUUCUAUUUUGUUUAUAUAUGUGUGUGUGUGUAAAAAGUUGAAGACAACUAUAUAAUAAA